UUCUCAGUGAUUGCAAGUUUCGCAGACCUUGAAAGUUUCCAUUUUUAUUCCAGAAAUCCGUUAAAAGCUUUCAGAAACAAGAGGAAAAGAGAAAAUCAAACGGUUUUGGGUUUCAAAGAAGACGACUUUGACGAGCGGUUGGUUGGUUUUAUUUUAAACCGUGGGCGGAGAAUGUGAUGUCGUUUACAGGGAAGAAGAAGGAGAAGGAGAGUAGUCCAGUUACGCCAUUGAAGAAGCGAAGAGCUAGCUGGUCUGAACUCUGGGUUAACCAUCACCACUCACUCGAUUUCUCUUCAAAGUUCCAAUCUUUGACACCUCCAGUCUCCAAAUCCGAAACCCUAUCAUCACUCCUCCCCGAUCUCACCCUUCUCUUACCUGACCUCACUCUCCUCACCAUCAUCCACAAGGUCCCUUCACCUCACCGAAAGACUCUCUCUUUGGUCUGCAAGCGAUGGUCCAGGCUCCACGGCGGUCUUGUCCGGUCGGUCAAAGUAUCUGAUUGGGGGUUCCUCGCGUCUGGUCGGGUAAUCUCGAGGUUUCCUAAUCUUGACAGCGUCGAUUUAGUCAGCGCGUGUUCGGUUCCGCCGCCGGAGAGUUCAGGUGUUUUAGUUAGCCACAGGGUAGUAGGGUCUUCUUACCAGAGUUUGAGCUUCUUAUUAGAGGAGAAUCUCUUGUCAGUUGAAACGGUUGAUAGAGGGCUAAGAACGCUCGCGUCCGCCUGCUCCUGUCUCCGGAGACUCGCGGUGGCGAACAGUAGCGAGUUGGGUUUGUUGAGCGUAGCCGAAGCGUGUUCCACGUUGCAAGAACUCGAGCUGCAUAAGUGUUCAGACACCGUUCUGCUUGGGGUUGGUGCGUUUGAGAAUCUGCAGGUGUUGAGACUGGUCGGGAGCGUGGAUGGUUUGUAUGAUGAUGAUGAUAACGACUCUUUGGUUUCGGAUAUAGGUCUUAUGAUCGUGGCACAAGGGUGCAAGAGGCUGGUGAAGCUUGAGCUCGUGGGAUGCCGAGGAGGGUUCAAUGGGGUUAAAGAUAUAGGCGAGUGUUGUCAGAUGCUGGAGGAGCUCGCGGUUUGUGAUCAUAAGAUGGAGCCGGGUUGGCUCGGGGGGCUUGGGUAUUGUGAGAAUCUCAAGACGCUGAGACUCGUGUCUUGUAAAAAUAUAGAUCUAGGUGAGUGCUUGAGUUGUUGCUCUUGUCCUGCGCUUGAGCGGUUGCACUUGGAGAAGUGUCAGUUAAGAGAUAAGAGUAGCGUGAAGGCUUUGUUUCAGAUGUGUGAAGCGGCGAGAGAGAUUGUAUUCAAAGACUGUUGGGGUUUGGAUAAUGAUAUCUUCAGCUUGGCAAUGUCGUUCGGGAGAGUGAAGCUUUUGUGUCUAGAAGGAUGCUCGCUGCUAACAACAUCAGGUCUAGAGACAGUGAUUCUACAGUGGCAUGAGCUCGAACAUCUGAAAGUGGUUUCUUGCAAGAACGUAAAAGAUUCAGAAAUAUCUCCGUUGAUGUCAGCUUUGUUCUCGGACUUGGUAGAGUUGCAGUGGAGACCAGACACUAGAUCGCAUCUCUUUUCAAGCCUUGCAGGUGCUGGAGUUGGGGGAAAAGGCGCAAAGUUUUUCAAGAAAACAUAGAAAGUAGUUGUUGUAGUUGAUGUUGUAUUACGAAUAGCUGAAACUAGUUUAGUUCACUACAGUGCUUUUUCGAAACUUUUAUUAGGUUCUCGUUUCUUUCUUUUUAUCUCGUUGGACAAAGUUGUAGCAGUUUAUAAUCAGAGAUUCAUGAACUCGUAUUUUACCUUACUUUCCA